AUGUUUCUCCCGGCGACCCUCGCGCUGCGUGGUGGCCUGGCGGCGCGCACGCCGGACCAGCUGUUCAACGUGCUAUUCUUUGGCCUCUCCUCCGUCUGCAGCAUCGUUGUCGCCCUCUCCUCCGCGCGCGACAUCGGCGCCUCCCGCAGCAGCGACGCCACCAAGCCUAGCAAGGCGGCCCGUUCGCUGCAGCUCCGCUUCCUGCUCGUCUUCUGGCUGUACAAGAUGGCGGACUGGCUGCAGGGCCCGUACUUUUAUGAGGUGUACGCCUCCAAGGUGAUCAACGGCGCCGCGAUGACCACCUCCUCCGUCGCAAAGUUCUUCCUCACCGGCUUCUCGUCUACGGCACUCUUCGGCGCCGUCGUCGGAGGCGCCGCGCCGCCGCGAGCCGCCACGCGCGUCCGCGGCUCCCUCGCCUUUGCGCUGCUGUACGCCCUCUCUGCCCUCUCGACGCGCGCAGAGACGCUGCCGCUGCUGUACGCCGGCCGGGUGGCGGGCGGGCUGGGCACUUCCCUGCUCUUCUCGGCGCCCGAGGCCUGGCUCGUGUCGGAGCACCAGGCGGGCGCCUUCGGCCAGGCCUUCCUUUCGCAGACCUUCACGCUGGCCUACUUUGGCGACUCCCUCAACAAGGGCGGCGCGGCCGAGGGGAACGGCGCGGCCGAGGAGAGCGGCGCGGCCGACGCGCCGCGCCCGAGCGGCAGCAUAGUGCGGGCCGUCGCGUCGGACCGGCGGGUGGCGCUCGUCGGCGCGGUGCAGGCGCUAUUCGAGGGGGCGAUGUAUGUCUUCGUGCUGCAGUGGCCGCCCGCCCUCAAGGCGGCCCUCGGCCCGAACGUCCCCUUUGGCAAGGUCUUCUCCUGCUUCAUGGACAUCAUGGCGGUGCUGCUCGCCUGCGCCACCGCCGCGAUGGGCGCCGCCACCUUUGCGACGGGCGGAGCGCUCGCUCCGAUCGCGUGCGUCGGCUGCUACUUCCCGCUCAUUGGCACUCUGCGCUCCAAGUACCUGCCCGACGCCUACCGCGGCGUCAUCAUGAACCUGUUUGGCAUCCCGCUCAAUCUGAUCGUCGUGGCCGUCUUCCUCUCCAUCGGCAAGCUCGGCCUCGCCGGCGCCUUCGCUUGCUCCUUCUCCGCCCUCGCCACCGCCCUCGUCGCGCAGCUGCUGCUCCGUCACACGGUGCGGCACGACAAGGCGGCGGCGUGA